AUGCAGGGGCCUGGGGUUCAGACAGGGACCGUCUCUGAGGGGUUGACCAAAUGUGAGGCAGCCUCUUCGCCCGCUUCGUCGACGACUUCCUCCGCUUCACCCGGGGUCUCACCACCGAUCAAGUCAUCGAAUUCGACGCCCAUUGUUGGCCCCUCACCCGAACUGGACACUUCCCAGCAAGAUGAAUCAUCUGAUGAUCUUGUUCUGUACAUUCCUGUGGGAGUGCUAGGGAAAUCUCUGGCCCAGAAAGGUCGAUUCCCGGAGUCCGAGAUUUCGACACUCGAGAAACACAACUGGAUUCGCACCCGCAGUCACAAUGAUGGAGAUUACGUUAGGGUUUACGUUCUCCCCGAUGAUCUGGCUCGCUCGUUGAUCCCUCGCUCGAGUACCAAGCUGAGACACGCUUUGAAGGUUAUCAUGUCCAGGAUUGAUCGAUCAUCUGAAGCAUGGGAGGGUCGAUCUCCCCUGCACAGUGCAGAGUUGGGGAUAAAGGACAGCACUGAAGAUGAGUCUCUGUGGUAUAUCUUCAAUACGCUGCAGGAUCCCAAUCCGCGGUUGGAGGCUAUGAAGGAGACACACUCCCAACAGGCCAUGGAGGAUUUAUUGGCAGAGACCAUUCCCCCGACGGUGAUGGGUCUCAAGACUAUUCUUUAUACAUAUCAGCGUCGGUCUGCUGCAACUAUGGUGCAACGUGAGGCACAACCAUUCCAAACACUCGACCCCCGCUUGCAGGCAUGGCGAAGUCCCACUGGACUGGAGUACUACUAUGACAAAGAGGAUGGAAGCAUUGUUCGUGAGCCUAGACUGUACUCUGAGGCUUGUGGUGGUAUUCUGGCGGAAACUAUGGGCUGUGGGAAAACGUUGAUCUGUCUUGCCGUCAUCCUUGCUACUCGUGGACAUUUUCCCAAAGUUCCAAUACAGUAUCAAGACCAUGGGUUUCACCCUGUCAGAGACAAGACAGGUUCUCUUGUUGAUAUGGCAGCCGCAGCAGCGGGUCGGCUUUCCUUGCCGUGGAAGAGGCAUUUCGAGACCCUGAAGCAACAGGGUGUUUUCUUCGACCGCUGCGUCAAGGCGUGCGAGCUACACUGUGGUUCAUAUGAGAUCCCCCCACAUCAGACCAGAUAUCAGGGACGACACAGCACGUCUUAUCCUCGACCGCCAGCCAAACGAAUUAGACUCUGUACGGGAACUCUCGUGGUCGUUCCGCCCAACUUAGUGGAUCACUGGGAGCGAGAGAUUACCACGCAUACGGAAGGCCUGAAGGUCUUAGUUCUUCGUUCGGGAUCUGAUGUAACUCCACCAGCAAGUCAACUGUUGGAAUUUGAUAUUGUGCUCUUCUCAAAGACGCGAUUCGAGCGAGAGGCUGGCGAGGUUAUCAAUAAUCGACGCCAUACAUUCAUACAAGUUAAUUCACCACUAACCGAACUGCAUUGGCUCCGGGUCAUUGUGGAUGAAGGUCACGGAGUGGCUGGUUCCGGCUCCAAAACGAACAUGAUGCAUAUGCUUAACCAGUUGCAUAUUGAGCGUCGGUGGAUCAUAUCCGGCACCCCAUCCACAGGACUCUACGGAGUAGAAAUCAGUCUCGCUUCACAGGAGGUGAACACCAGCGAUACAGAAUCUGCCGAUGCCGAGGAUCUUACUGUUGCUGCACUGCAAGUUCGAAAGAAGACCGGAAACGCAGUCGAAAACGAGCUUAAGGAUUUGGAUAGGCUUCGGCGCAUCGUCAUCGAAUUCCUUGACUUGAAGCCCUGGUCCAAUUCCCGCGCCGACGAUCCCGCCGACUGGACCAGAUACAUAAAACCGAUUGGGCCUGAUGGUAAGCGGCGCAAAUCAACGUCACUUCGCGCGACUCUCCAGAGUUUGGUAGUGCGACAUCGGCUUCGAACGAUCAAUUCUGAAAUGACGCUGCCCAAGCUUUACAAUAGGGUGGUCUAUCUGGAACCGACAUUCCAUGACAAAUUGUCGAUCAAUCUGUUUCUUUUCGGUCUGGCGGUCAAUUCUAUCACCUCCGAGCGCCAGGGUCCGGACUAUAUGUUCAGCAAAAGUAACCGGAACCAUCUCACCCAGACCAUCAAUAACUUGCGGCAGGCUGGGUUCUGGUGGGCGGGCUCAGAUGUGAAUGUUCAAGACACGGUGGAGCAUGCAGUGAAAUACUUGAACAAAAAGAAUGACAAGCAAGAACCGAUAGCCCGAGAAGAUGUGGGAAAAUUGAUGCAUGGGAUUGAGAUCGCCCGUCGAGCAAUGAACUCUGGAAGUUGGCAUGCCUUUAAGCAAUUGCACGAACUCGGGAUCUUCGUUGAGAAGUUCCCAGAUCACUCUCGAGCCUUGUGGGCGCUUGAUUCUGAUCGAGCGCACCAAGAGCCAAUGCUCAUCGGUAUCACCCAAGCUCGUCAUGCACAACAGUUUGUUGCACAGCAUCUUCGAUCCAAUGACCCCGCUGAAGGUCUCGCGGGCGCUGGUAUCAAGGUUCGUCGGGAUCUGGAGAAGCGCGACAAUGUUACUCGCAAGGGAAAACCUGAGUCAGCGGAUGCAGCAGAGACUCAAGGAACAUUAACUCAAAGCUCCAAACCACAAAAUAGCAAGACCCCAAAGAAGACAUUUGAAAACAACAUCUUCCGAGAACUGCCUGAAAAUUCGCCGCUGAAGCAAACACGUCUUCUUGCCACGGCAUCAGCCAAGCUGACAUACUUGCUAGACCAAGUGGUGAAACUUCAGGACACAGAAAAAAUCAUCAUUUUCUACGACAAUCACAACUCGGCGUAUUGGAUUGCUGAAGGUCUGGAGCUUCUGGGUGUUGAGUUCCGCAUCUACGCGAGCACAUUGAAGCCCGAACUUCGCACCGAAUACCUCAAGCUAUUCCGCGAGUCAGAAAAAGUGCGCGUUCUUCUUAUGGACCUGCGGCAAGCGUCGCACGGCCUCCACAUCGCACAAGCAUCGCGAGUCUUCAUUGUCAACCCAAUUUGGCAGCCAACCAUUGAAAGCCAAGCAAUAAAGCGUGCGCAUCGAAUAGGACAAACACGUCCUGUGUAUGUAGAAACUCUCGUGUUGCGGGAUACCCUAGAGGACCGAAUGCUGCGCCGUCGCAAGGAAAUGUCUGAGGCGGAGAUGCAACAGGCAGAGAAAAAUCUGUUGGAUGACAAUACAAUGAGCGAUAUCAUUCAGAAGGAGUCAUUUCUUUCCCUGUCGGACGAGGCUUCCACAGCAGCAGCAUACCUCAAGCACCCGACGGGCUUCUUUGAUCGGCACCGACUGCCGAUCCCAGACGACGAGGCGCAUCUGGUGAAACGGACUCUAAAGCGACCCCAUCCUGCUCCUAUGGAGUCUGAUGCAGACCGGGCGCCUCAAAAACGGCCAAAUAUCAGCUUUGCCGAGAAUGUGGAGGUCGUCGAGAGCGCUCCCCUAGUUUCUUCGUCGUGUCCAUCGCCGGUUCCUCCACCCACGACAGAACCAGACAAUUCAAGGAAAGUAGUUUCAUUCUCUGUGACUGACUUGGAUGCAGAUAGAUCUGUGGAUUCUUCUUCACCAAUUUCGGUGGGAGAGGUGAACAGCCUCAAGAGACGGGUCUCCUUAUUUGGGCCAUAG